CUAUGUUACAACAAAUUAUUACACUUUCUUUUAUGUUUCUUCAUCAUGUCCAUCUCUGAUCAAUCUCUAUUUCCACAAACACCAGUAGAAUCCAAAGAACAUGAAGAUCACUACAACAAGAUUUGCGAGGAUUACAAUCACUUAAUGGAAACAUUGCCCAAAGGUAAUGGAUGGAGAGCGAAACACCUCUACAACUACAAUGGUUUCUGGAUAAGCCCCAAAUACAUCAAAGCCAACUUGCUUCUUCACGCUUACUUCAAACCUCAACCUACUGACAUCUUUUUGGCCUCUUUCAUGAAAUCAGGAACCACAUGGCUUAAAGCUCUCAUCUUCUCCACCCUUACCCGCCACCUCUAUAGCUUCUCUGCCCACUACUUACACCACCAUGGCCCACAAAGCACUUUUCCUUUUCUCGAAAGUGAAUGCGAAAACUUCCCCAUAACUGACUUCACACAUAUGUCUUCUCCCCGACUUUUUGCAACCCACUUCCCCCGCACCCUCUUACCGGAAUCCAUGACUUCAUGCAAGUUCGUUUACAUCUGUCGAGAGCCGAAAGAUGUUUUGGUUUCGAAAUGGGUUUUCAUGAACAAAAUUAGAGAGAAAGAUCUACCUCCGUUUUCUUUUGAUGAAGCGUUUGAUCUUUUUUGUGAAGGGGUUUCGAACUACGGGCCGUUUUGGGAACAUGUUCUGUCGUACUGGAGAGCGAGUUUGGAGUCACCGGAGAAGAUUCUAUUUUUGAAGUAUGAGGAAGUGAAGAGGCAGUCGGAGGUGGUGGUGAGGAGAUUGGCGGCAUUUAUGGGUAUCCCAUUCAUGGCGGAGGAAGUUGAGAAAGGUGUGGUGGAGAACAUUGUGAAGCUAUGUAGCUUUGAAAAUUUGAGUAAUCUGGAGGUGAAUAAGAAAGGUGUUGAAAAAUUUGGUACGGUGGAGGUGGAGAAUCGUGAAUUUUUCAGGAAAGGUGAGAUUGGAGAUUGGAGAAACUAUCUUUCUGAUGAGAUGAAACAACGCAUUGAUGGAAUUAUAGAUGAGAAAUUUAAAGGUUCUGGCUUGAUAUUUGGCUCGUGAUUCAGUAGUGGCUUAUGAAAACUCCUUUCAGUGUAUCCUUGUAAGUGUAAAUAGGCUAGUUGUAAAAUAUGUUUCCUACACGAGUGUUUUUUUGUGCGUGUGUGUAAGACUAGCAAAUAAAGGAGAAGGCUCUAUUAGUAUGAACUAUACACCACGUUGUGUAUGGCAUAUUUGUUCAAUUAAGAAGAAAAAUCAUCACAUGUGGAGGAUUACCCGUUGGAUGGAUGUACACAAGUGUUUUGGAUCAUGUGUUGGCAAUAAUAACAAAAAUCUAAACUCCACAA